AUGAGCACGGGCGCUACACAUGAAGCAACAUCCGGAUUACAAGUACCGUCCGAGGCGGAAGCAGAAGCCCCAGCUUCCUUGCCGGAAGGCCUGCACCACCAACCACGGCCACGUGAUCCCGCCUCGACCACCUCCACCUUUAUUGACCUUCGACGACCACGCCACCUGGAUCCGAAGCCGGAGUCACCUCUAUCCUUCACCUUUUCCCCCUCUUCCUUCCUCCUCCUUCCCCCGUCCGACAUCCCCAGAUCUCAGUUCUUUCUCACACGUCAAAGACGAGACAUGUACGACAUGCAUCAAAUCGAAGCUUACGGUCUACUGAUGACGUUUUGGCCUGUCGUCCUCCAUUCUGAGUACGGGGACAAGAUAGCAGCCGAGUUUAGAAAUGGCUGCUCCAACCUAUCCAACAAAGGAAACUUGAUGUUCCAAUAA